ACUUGUAAAAUUGAUAUGAAAUAAGCUAAAGCCCACGACUUUCCAAUCAUAGAAUAGAAGCAGUGAAUUUUCUACAUUUUCCAAACCGGUUUUCCAUUUCGAAUUCCGAAGAGAAAUGGCUUCCUUCACUGCUAGCGCUCCAACCACUUCUGUCAUCAGGGCAGGUCUAGUCCACAGGCCCUCUUUGGGUGCUCCUUCCUCACCAAUUCUCGCACUACCAGCAAUGGGAAAGAAGGGAAAAGUGAGAUGUUCAACGGAGGAGAAGGUUUCCAAGCCAGAAAGUAAGUCGAACGUGAGCAUGGGUGCUUCAUUGAUGGCGGCAGCCAUGGCUGCAACCAUGUCCAGUCCAGCUAUGGCUCUGGUUGAUGAGAGACUGUCCACUGAAGGAACUGGGCUUCCUUUUGGUUUGAGCAACAACCUUCUUGGUUGGAUUAUUUUUGGUGUUUUUGGAUUAAUCUGGGCUUUGUACUUCAUUUACACUUCCACUCUUGAAGAGGAUGAAGAAUCCGGAUUGUCCCUUUAAACCCAAAACCACCCAUUUCCUCUUUGCUUUUUUAUUGCAGAUUUCGUGUUCUAAGGAUUGUAAAAAUAUGCCAUUAGUACUUGGCCUUCUGGUGUUGUAGUAAAAACCUGCUUGCUGUUGAGGGCUCUA